AUGUUUUCCAAAAUGCCCAAUCUCCAUCCUCACACCAUUUUCAAACAAUGGCAGCCACAGCCUGCUCUUACCAUUCAGCCCUUCUACCUUCUUCACACAACUUCAACCACCACCACCGCCACCACAACGCGCUAGUAAACACCACGACAAAAAAGGGAUUGGCACAAACCAAGUACCACAAAGGAGCUAUAAAAUGUGCCCGCGAGUUUUCGGAUUUCGUUGGAGGGGAUCUUUUAAAGCCUGAUCUUGGAAAAUGGCUAGCGGAUGUCGAAGAACACAAGGCAAUUGCCAUAUAUUCUCCUCAUGAAGGAGGUUAUGAGGGCCGGUAUCUUAACCGGCUUAGGUACCAAGGGUAUAAGUUCUUGGACUUAUCGGCUCGUGGUCUAGGUGACCCUGAGACCACAUUAACCAAGUUGCAUCCAGUUUGUCCUGCUCAUAUAGGUAAGCAGCCAAUUGCGCGAUGGUAUUUUCCACCGGAGGUUGAUUAUCGCUUAUCUUUGCUUCCUCCAGAUGCUAAAGGUCUGGUGGUCUGGAUCCUAGAAGCCAAGGUUCUCUCGAAAGCAGAGCUGCAGUUUCUUGCACUGCUUCCUACACUCCGACCCAAAGUUAGGGUGAUCGCAGAAUGCGGCAAUUGGAGAAAAUUCGUUUGGACACCACUCAAAGACAUUGCAGGAUUGACUGCAAAUGAAGCUGUAUGAUAUGGGUUUUUUGCACACAAUCAAGCAGUAGCAGUUACUAAACCAAGAGAUUCAUUGUUCAAGAUGAACAUAUCAUGUGUAUACACAGAAAGUUAUGAACAAGCAGUUUACAUUGACAAUGAUUCGUCCUUAAACGCAUGUAAAUCUAGCAUCAUUAAUGCUUGAAAUAAGGGUACACAGUAUCACAAAAUAUAACUCUUAA